UACUCCCUUGACUGAGCGUGUUGCAACAGAGUGUAUCGGGUUAUUSUGCACCAAAAUCAAUUGAUAUUUGCAACUGAAAACGUCUCAGCGCUGUACCGUAAAUUCAAGAUUGUGCUCAUCACUUAGCAAUGAAGUUGGUGAAACUCUACACGCUGCGGUACGCAUACCGUCCCGAUGUGCUGCUAAAACGGGUUCCAUACCGAGACGAGCACCUGAAAUGGGUCAAGCAAUACCUGGAAGAAGGAAAAUGCCUGAGCGUCGGAACCUGUAACCCACCUCCCUCUGCUCUCUCGACGAAAGAAGACGAUGGUCCGACGGUUCCGACAGGAGCCCUUUUUGUCUUCAAGGACGAGUCGUCUGCACAAGAAUACGUAAGAGGGGAUCCAUACUGUGCCAAGGCGAAGGACAUUGUUGCGGCCCACACCAUCGAAGAAUGGAAUACGAUCGAGUUUUGAAGAACCGAGUGCACACAACCAUAAUCGCGUGCGCGGGCUGUCGGCUCUGAACAAAAGUCAAUCAUGAAAAUCUUAAGAUCUACACGAAUAAGAAAAUAGAUUAGUU